UUCGCGCAAAAUGUCUGACAGCGAGGAAAGCAUGAUUCUAUUGUCUAAAAGACAGCGACUGUCAACUUCGAUCACAGUCGAUCGUUCAGAAGAUGAAUUAGAUGAUCUUUCCAGCACCGCCAGUACAAGAGAGGAAGAGUCGUCUCGUAGUGACACACCAACAUUUCGCCGGGGUUUCCGCUGGAGCAAGCAGCCCAAAAAGUGCAAGCUUCAGUAUAAGUGCACCAAUUUUAUAAAAGAAAACCAUGGGCAACCUUUGUUUGGAGUACAGAUAAACCUGAAUUGCUCUGAGUCAGAUCCAGUCAUCUUUGCUACUGUUGGCCAUAAUAGAGUGACGGUAUAUGAGUGUCAAGAUGGGGGAAGGAUCAAGCUCUUACAUUCAUAUAGCGAUCCUAGUAGUGAUGAAAAUUUUUACUGCUGUGCCUGGUCUUUUGAUCCGGUGAAUGGCCAGCCUUUACUGGCAGCUGCUGGACUAAGAGGCAUAAUAAGAAUUUUGUCUUUGUCAGCUAUGCAGUGUAUUAGGCAUUUUGUUGGACAUGGGAAUGCAGUGAAUGAGCUAAAAUUUCAUCCUCGGAACUGCAGCCUGCUUCUUUCCGUAUCAAAAGACCACACACUUCGCAUGUGGAAUGUCCAUUCUGGAGUGUGUGUUCUCAUACUUGGUGGUGUUGAUGGACAUCGAGAUGAAGUCUUAAGUGCAGAUUUUAACUUGAGUGGAACAAAAAUUGUUUCUUGCGGAAUGGAUCACAGUUUAAAGUUGUGGCACCUUGACACAGAAGAAAUAAAUAGCAUCAUAAGCCUCUCCAGCACCUACAACACCAAGAACAGCAGACCAUUUCCUACAUGGGUGAACCAUUUCCCAGACUUUUCCACACGUGACAUCCAUAGGAACUAUGUUGACUGUACAAGAUGGCUAGGCAACCUCAUAUUAUCUAAGUCAUGUGAAAACUGUAUUAUCUGCUGGAAGCCAGGAUCUCUAGAAGGCUCAGAUGCAAAUAUUUCCAUCAAUGGUGGUUCCAAGACAGAUGAUUCAGUCAGCAUUUUGCAUCGGUUUGAUUAUCGGGAAUGUGAAAUCUGGUACAUGCGCUUCUGUUUGGAUUAUCAACAGAAGAUUAUGGCACUUGGUAACCAAGUUGGACGCAUUUUUCUGUGGGACCUAGAUGUAGAUGACCCCUCACAGACUAAAUGUACCAAGCUAACACACCAGAAGUGUAACACUGCAAUCAGACAGAUAGCUAUUUCCAAAGACAGCAGCACUCUCAUAGCAGUUAGUGAUGAUGCAACUGUCUGGCGCUGGGAUCAGAUGAAAUACUCAUGACUGUUUUUAAACCUAUUUUAAUGCCUUAAUGAUUUUAAACAUAAGUGUCUGUUAUACAAGUGCAGUUAAAGGAAACAUUUUCUCUCUCCACAAAUUCUGUUUGAAAAUUGCCAGAAAGAGUGAGUGAGAGAACGACUAGUAACAGGAAGAUGGCCGGUAAUGGGAUGGAAUUGCUGUGGCUGGGUCGUCCGUGAGGGUAUGAAGUUGAAUCCGUUGUCACUAUUCAGUGCUCCAAAAGCACACACUAAGGGCUUUAAGAGUUAUGUGGAUCAGUUAUUAACGGUUUUCAAAAGGCAUUUUCAUUUAUAUUCCUGUUAAUUAUUGAGCACCAGAUUUAAAAAUCUUGUAAUUUUUCCCCAUUGUUUCCGUUGAAAGAGGUUUGGGGUUUUUUUUUUUCCAAUCUUUGAAAUUAUAUUUCACAAAACUAGUUGUAGGAGGCAGGCUUCAUUGACAAGAGGUAAGUGUGGUUUACAUCAGAGCAGAAGACAGCAGGGUGUAGGCUAGUGAAAGUAUCUUUUCUUUGAGAGAAUAAGGGAGAGGAAUUGAGAUGGUUGUUCUCUGCCUUUCAUAUAUUACACCAGAGAAGUCGAGAACCUCUUACAGUUUACUGUCCCAACAACACGGUAUUGCACAUCUUUUUUUAUUUUUUUUGAUGAAGGAUAAGGUAAUGGAGAGUUGAUGUGUACUCAUAAAUAUCAAAAGCUUUCUCAUAAUGUGCACAAAUGUUUUACAAAAUGAAUGUGAAAUUCUGUCUAAGUGUAUUAUUGAUGGCAUUUACAAAUAAUUUCAUUGUAUGUGAUCUGACUGUGUCCAUUAUAUUGCUUCUUUUUUUUUUUUUUUUUUUAUUUGAAGAAAGUCUGAAAAAAGCAUUGGUAUAUGACUAGCUUUUCCUAAAAAUAAUUAAAAGAAAGUGAGCAUUUUCAAAUGGAGAAAAUCUUUCACCAAUCAAAUUUCAUUUUAAAAACUGGUACAUGGUUCGAAAUGCCUUAUCUGCACAUGCACAACUCUUAAAGUACUAACUUGAAAAUUCUCACUCCUUUUGCUGAAUGUUUAUAAAUUCAUACUUUCUGCAGAGAAAGCCAUUAUCAUGACCACAUGACAAAAUUUUUAUAUUUAUAAAUAAAAAUGGGCCUGAUGUACAUAAACAUUUUAUUCUCAAAGACACACACUGAGAAUAUUGUGCUUUGUAAUAAAUACAUCUGAUGUAUCUAUCUGGUUAAAAAAAAAGAAAUUUUAAAUUUUGAAGUGGUUAUUUUUGUUCAUACCUGCUUGAACAUUAAAAGACUGUAACCACAUUUCUUUCAAAA